CCCCGACGUGCGCAGGCGCGGCGGACGUCCUGCGGAGCGAUGGCCGCCAAGAGCUUCGCGUCGCGCCUCGGGGGCUCGCGGCGGUUUCUGAAUGGCUUCCUGGCCGGGGCUGUGGUGGGCGCGGCGGGAGCAGGGACGGCGCUGCAGCUCCUCCGGCGUCGGGACGCGGGGUCCGCGUGGCCGGCGCCGCAGCCGCACGGUGCAGCACAGUGCCUGGUACAGAACUGGCCUGCAGCAUACCCGGAGCGCUGUCGCAGGUCAUUCUAGAGCCUGUCAAACUGACAUUAACCAUCACAUCAAGUGUGUUUGGAGGCGUUCCCAUGAAGAAUAUGAGCUGCCCAGUCUUCAUAGUACGGAAAUCCUUGAGUUAACAGCGCACCGUACCUUUACACAAAGAAUACCUGCAGAAAAAGUUGUCUUGGAACAGUUUGGAUUUCCUUUAAGCGGAACAGAGACCAGGCAUUACACUAACCAUGCCUUGUCUUAUGAUCAGGCAAAACGGGUGCCCAGAUGGGUUCUUGAACAUAUAUCCAAGGACAAGAUCAUAGGUGACGCAGACAGAAAACACUGUAAAUUCAAGCCUGACCCCAGUGUUCCUUCAGCCUUCAGUGCCCUCAAUGAGGACUAUGUUGGAAGUGGCUGGUCACGAGGACACAUGGCCCCAGCGGGGAAUAACAAGUUCUCCAGUAAAGCCAUGGCAGAAACCUUUUACCUUUCCAAUAUUGUGCCUCAGAAUUUUGAUAAUAACUCUGGCUAUUGGAAUAGAAUAGAAAUGUAUUGUCGUGAGCUGACGGAGAGAUUUGAAGAUGUCUGGAUAGUUUCAGGACCGUUAACCUUACCUCAUACUAGAGACGACGGAACAAAAACAGUUAGUUACCAGGUGAUUGGCGAAGACAACGUGGCAGUCCCCUCACACCUUUACAAGGUGAUCUUGGCUCGCAGAAGCCGGGAAUCUACUGAACCGCUGGCACUGGGGGCCUUUGUAGUGCCAAAUAAAGCCAUCGGGUUCCAGUCCCAGUUACCUGAGUUCCAGGUGAGCCUCCAGGAUCUAGAGAAGAUGUCAGGUCUGGUGUUUUUCCCACAUCUGGAUAGAACCAGGGACAUGGAGAAUAUCUGCUCUGUGGACACUUGUAAGCUCCUGGGUUUCAAGGAGUUCACUCUGUAUCUGAGCACGAGGAAGAUUGACGGAGCCCGCUCUGUGGCCAGACUGGAGAAGGUCCUGGAAGCUUUGAAGAGCUCAGGGGUGGAGCCUGACGAUUACUUCCUGAGUCGCUAUGGGAAGAAGCUAGAGGAACUGAAAGCUAAGGAGCAGACAGACACCCAACUGGAAAAGCUGUCCUAGUGUCGUCUGGUGUGCACUGAGCACCCGUGGUGAACGCCAUGCCCUCUCCAGGCAGGUGUAUUUUAGAAGAUUUGUUUUCAAGAAAUGAUGGAAUCCUGACUAAAAAUCCUUUCAAAGACUCUCUAGCUCAAAACUCAGUGAUGUUUUCUUUCGCUAGGAUCUGAGUUAGCUGAGAUGGCUUUUAGAAUUCCUCUCUUAUCCUGUCCAAAUACAUUAUGACUUACUACUUGAUUCUUCUCUCCUGACCCUGAUGUCCUCCUUUCUGUCUGUUGGAGCACCUGACUUCUGCUUUCCCUACUGCGUUCUGUGUGCUGUGCAAACCUAGUGCUGUGCUUGUCUGCCAGUGACCCUCUGUGCAGAGUCCCAGUGUUCCCUUUUUACCUGUGGGGAAGGUGAGACUUACAGAGCUUCAUACCGUCCCCAUUCAUGUUCUAUAGAAGUCACCCAGUGCUUCUCAGCGUUAAGACAAGGCUAGAAGGCGGCUUGACCCAAGUAUGUACCUAUAUCCAUGGCUAAUUUCUGCUUCCAAGGUCUGAUGGCUGAGAAGGGUCUGGCCUCCUAAGCAGGAAUGAGUGCCUUUAUUCUAUGGGAAGAAACAUAGGUCUUUGAAAGAUGGAGUUGCUUUGUGGGUUUUACCAGAGCCUGUGGGCCCCUCCAGGGAUUGUGUGGUGCUAGGUUCUUGCCUCACCAGGGGCUUUCUGAAGGAGCCCAAGAAAGGUGUGUGCUGAGAAUCACCAUGUACCUGCUGUCUGCCAGGCCAGCACACCACAGGAAGGUAGAGCCUGGGCCCACAGUCUAAACCAGCUCCUUCCCUGUGUGUGUGUUGGGGUGGAGGGAACACCUGCUUUCUGUGCUGAUCUCGGGACUCCUUUACACAGAUCUUGAGCUGUCCUAAGUAUGCAGAGUCAGCAGCUUCCAGGCAGAAGAACUUGUCCGAAUCUGUCACUCCACCCCUGUCUUUCCAAGCACUAAGAACAAUCUUUGUGGCAUUGUGUUUGCCUCUGAUAGGAAUGCUAUGGCUUUACAAUAAAGAAGAAGACAAUGGCUGACUCUUUUCUGCUCUGAGUAAAAAGAAAAAGUUGGGUGUAGGACCCAGGAGAUGAUUAAUGCCACUCUGUUCUAUUGCACUGUUCCCCAUCAGCUUGCACCAGUCCUUCUAAGGACAGAAAGCCAAAAUGUCACUGUGACCAAAAAAUCUGUUACCUUCUCUCCUCAGAAGAGAGGUGAUGGUGGGUCCUGCUUCCCAAGGAGCCCCAGGAGGGAGGUGGGAAUGCGGCAGGGUGUGGCGGAGGCGCCUCCUGGGCUGUGUGCUAGGUCCUGCCCUGUGUUUAUGCAGUCAGGGCCACUCUCCUGUGGCCAUGCUACUUCCCUUAGGCUGACCUGACUUGCUGGUGGCCUUGGAGUUGCCUCCCAUGCUCUCGUCACUGCUGCCUCUCCUGGAUGGUGAUGAAUCUUGACUGUACCACUAAGUUAAUGCAUCUUGGGAUUUUAUAGAUGCUGCCUGGUCAUUGUGAAAAAUAGAGAUAAGAACAAAACAAAAAGGUA